AUGUUUCCCGAACUGAUAAGAAUAGCUGUUUGCGGUGAUGAAGCUGUUGGGAAAUCUUCUUUAAUAACAUCUUUGAUAAAAGAAAAUAUCCUGGAAUCUCAAGUGAACAAUGUCUUGCCGCCUAUUACUAUAUCUAAGAAUGAUUACAUUGAGAGUUUACAAGAGUUACCUGAAAUGGGCAAGCAGCAGUCUCAACCAAGAGCGCGCAAACACAAAGGUAAAGCCGAAUUGUUGCGGUUACAGACAUUGAACUCAAAGGAAGUACUGGAUAUCAUUCCCAACACAACUGUGGUUACUGACACUAGCGCAUCUGAUCCUGGUAAUUUGCAAAAAGAAUUGAAAAGAGCCGAUGUUAUAUGGCUAACAUAUUCAGACCACUACACUUAUGAGCGGAUAUCAUUACAUUGGAUGCCAAUGUUUCGUUCUUUAGGGGUAAACUUACCCAUCAUUCUAUGUGCCAACAAAGCUGACUUAUCACCAAAAUCACUGUGGAAAAACCAAAAUGCUGAGGAGUUCAUUCCUUUGAUAAAUGAGUUUAAGGAGAUAGAGGCUGGUGUCAGAUGCAGUGCGAAAAACAACUAUAACGUAGUUGAAGCAUUUUAUUUAUGUCAGCGUGCAGUAACACAUCCAAUUUCGCCGAUUUUUGAUGCAAAGGAAGGAAAUUUAAAACCUGGUGCCAUUGCAGCUUUGAAAAGAGUGUUUUUUCUUUUUGAUACAGACCAAGAUGGCUAUUUGAACUUUGAUGAAUUUAAUGAAUUGCACAAGAAAUGUUUUCGUGUUGCAGCAGCUGAAUCGGAUUUUAAUGAUAUUGUUAAUUACAUCGACUCCAAGAUUUGUCAGGAUCUUUUGUCUGCCCCAAAGAGUGGUUGCAUUAGUGAAGACGGAUUCGUAUUGUUGAACAAAUUGUAUGCUGAGUCCGGAAGACACGAGACGAUUUGGUGCAUUCUUCGAGCGAAUCAUUAUACCAAUUCUUUGUCUUUAGAUGACAAGUUUUUGUUUCCGCACCUUGACGUUAAUCUAAAUUCUAGCGUUGAGUUGAGUCCUAAUGGCUUCAGAUUUCUUGUUGAUUUAUUUAUCAAAUUCGACAAGGAUAAUGACGGCGGGUUGAGCGAAGACGAGCUUAACAAUCUAUUUAGACCAACCCCAGGAAUUCCAAAGUUAUGGAUUGAAACAAACUUUCCAUCAUCCAUUGUGUGCAACGAAGAAGGCUACGUAACUCUACAGGGUUGGUUAGCACAAUGGAACUUGACCACGUUUCUAAGCUAUAAGACCACCUUGGAAUAUCUAGCCUAUCUAGGGUUCGAUGCUGGAAAUUCGAUCAAAGCUCUUAAGCUUACGAAACCAAGAAAAUGUAGACAAAAGCAAGGCAGGAUUUACCGCACAAGUGUCAACGACAAGAAUAUAUAUAAUUGUUUUGUAGUGGGAGCACCUAGAGCAGGAAAGAGUUCUUUGCUAGACCUGUUUCUACAUGGUUCCUACAGCGAAGUGUACUCCCAUACAAAACAACCAAGAUUGGUUAUCAAGGAUAUAGAAUUACGAGGAGGCAAGCAGUGUUAUUUAAUAUUGGAGGAGCUUGCCGAAUCAGAAGGUGCCAUCUUGGAAAACCAAAAGAGACUAGACGAGUGCGAUGUUAUUUGCUAUACCUAUGAUUCAUCUGAUCCAGAAAGUUUUCAAUACUUGGUUGACUUGCGACAAAAGUAUCCUCAUUUAGAUGAAAUUCCCUCGGUGUUUGCUGCAUUGAAAGCUGAUUUGGACAAGCAACAACAGAGAUCCGACGUACAACCUGAGACGUAUACAAGAGACUUGUUCCUUAACUCGCCGUUGCAUAUUUCAUCAUCCUGGACCUCCUCUCUUCAUGAGCUUUUUAUCCAAUUGGUAGAUGCUGCAAACAAACCGCAAAGUGCGACUCCCGGGUUAGAAUUUAACAAUGCAGCAGUCGACCAAGAGAAUUUGAAGCAUUUGAUGAUGGCCGGCGGUGCUUUAGGCAUAAUGGCCCUCGUUUCUAUCUGGAUGUUGAAUAGCAUGAGAAGAUAA